GGUCUGAAGAGAUGGAGGAGGAACCCCAGCAUGAAGGCUGCAGGCCCUCCCAGAAGCAACUUGCUGCAGGUUCUUCGUGUUUAGUAGCGGAGGCAGAGAGAGAAGAAAGACUUCAGUCUGUGCUGUCAGUGCUAGAACUGGAGAAACACCAGACCAAGAAGCUGCAGCUAACGGACCUCCUUGAGAUCACUGAGCAAAGCAUGAAUGAUGGGAUGCCUCAGACCCAAGGAGAUUUACCAUGGCAUUUUCUGAGAAAGGUAAUGGGUCUACAUGGCCUGGCCAGAAGCACCAAUUUGGGCAAUGGGAGAAGUGCUGGUGUAGGAACAAGUGUGGACGGAGAUGAUACAGACAUGUCUGAUGAUCUGUUUUCUCUGGAUGAGGUGAAUGAGAGUGAUUCCUCACAUCCUCUGGAUGUCCUCUGUGCUGUUCUGCUUUCCUCAGAUGGCUUCCUCCAGCAGGAGGUCAUCUCCAAAAUGGCCAUGUGCCAGUUUGCUCUUCCGCUGCUGCUUCCUCCUCUUGGUUCCCAUCAGCACACCCUCCUGCUCUGGGCCAUGAGGAGCAUCGUGAAGAAGUGGAGUCCACACUCCCUGGCAAACAGCAGAGGGUUCAAGGAGGAGAGUCUGGUGUGUGUGCCCAUGCCCACCUUCUCCUUCAUGCGGCUGGGGCACUGCAGCUUCUCCAAGUCCAAGCUCCUCAAUGCUGUUCUCAGUCCUUCUCAGCACCACCACGAUUUCUUUAUCCACAGGGACAUGGAGUCUGGGAAUGCAUGCCGGAAAAUUGCAGAUGGGCUAGUAGAAAUUAGCUGGUACUUCCCUCGUGGGAGGGAGAAGUCAGAUCUCUUCCCAGAGCCCAUUGCAGUUACCAACCUUCACGGGGACAUCAGCUCACAUUGGGUGCAGUUUAGCUUUUUAACACAGGUCUCCUCAGCAGUGUUCAUAGUGAUUGAGAGCACCGGAGAGUUAGAACAUGAGCUGCUGUCAUCUCUGUCAGGAUCAACAACCAAAUACUUCUUCAUCAUCAGUGACCAGGGUGGGAAUGCCAAGAAAACGCUGGCUAAGUUCACCCCUGCACUGUGCUUGGAAAAGUCAUGUCUGUUAGUAAAAACUAGUAGUACUAACGAAGCAAGAUUUGUUAAAAGCCUCCAGUCUGCAAUAGCAGGCGUACUCAACGCUUCCCCUAAAACAAUGACCAUUGAGGGCAUGGCCGACGUGGGUGACCUGAAGAUCCUGGUGGAUGAGGACUAUGGAAAAUGCCAGGUUACUUCUCUUCAGAAAUUGUCGUUCCGUACUGGCAGCACGCUGGCCAGGGAGAUCACUGCAGGAAUAGGAGAUGUGGCAAGGUACAAACAGGAGAUGCUCCUGCUGCAGGGAGAGCUCUGGAAGAACUUGGCCAAAGUGGAGAAAGAGCUGUGCCGGAUGAGAAAGCAGGGCGACACUGCCACUGAAGAUUACAAAUCUCAGCUGAGGGAGAGAGUCCAGGACUUACGCAGACAGCAAAAUCACUGUGAUCUCACCCCCGGUUUGAUUCAAUUUAUUAGUGGAAUAGGGAUGCAUUCCACAGUGGAGAAACAUUAUUUCCUGAAAUGGCUGAAAUUCAACUUGGAUCACAUUGCCAGGCAGAAGAUUUCCCAACUGAAUGCCAAGUACAAACAGGAAAAUGAGCUCUCAGGAAAUGACACAAAGUUGUUAAACAUACUUGAUAAAGAAAUUUCAGAGAGCUCCUUAGGGGUGGAGCACUUCAUGCGGGAGCUGGGGCAGUUUUAUGAGGCUGAAUGUUCAAUGGCCCAAGAAAUAAAUAUGCCUGAAGAACACAGACAGUUUGUCCGGCUUCCAGGUGUAGCAGCUGACCUGAUGCUGGAAGGGUUUCCCAUGGAGCUGAUUGAUGGAGAUGCCUCCAACAUCCCGCUGCAGUGGGUGGCUGAUGUCCUGACUCAACUCCACAUCAGGCUGGGGGGCAAAUCCAGGCUGGUGGUGCUGACGGUGCUGGGGGUGCAGAGCACAGGGAAAUCCACCCUUCUCAACACCAUGUUUGGCCUGCAGUUUGCAGUGAGUAGUGGCCGAUGCACGCGGGGGGCCUUCAUGUUGCUGAUUAAAGUGUCAGCGAGCUUUCAGCAGGAGCUGGGCUGUGAUUUCAUCUUGGUCAUAGACACUGAAGGCUUGAAAGCCCCUGAGCUGGCCAAACUGGAGGACAGUUACGAACAUGACAAUGAACUGGCCACUCUGGUGGUUGGGCUGAGCGAUAUAACGAUUGUGAAUCUGGCCAUGGAGAAUGCCACAGAAAUGAAGGAUGUUCUGCAAAUUGCGGUCCACGCAUUUCUCAGAAUGGGGGAAGUUGGCAUAAAACCCAACUGCCAGUUUGUGCACCAGAACGUCAGUGAUGUUUGUGUCCAUGAGAAGAACAUGAGAGACAGGAAACACCUCUUUGAGCAGCUGAAUGACAUGACCAAAGCUGCAGCAAGGAUGGAAAAGCUUCCUAGAGAGGUGUCGUUCUCUGACAUUAUAGACUACAAUUCUGAGAAAAACAACUGGUACAUCCCUGGGCUGUGGCAGGGAGAGCCCCCCAUGGCCCCAGUGAACGUGGGGUACAGUGAAGCUGUGGGGGAGCUCAAAAAACAUCUGUUUGAAUGCAUCAAAAUCAAGGCAAAGAGCAGAAGCCUCAAGAACAUCCCCCAAUUCACUGAGUAGUUGAGGAGCCUGUGGAAGGCAGUGAAAUACGAGAAUUUCAUCUUCAGCUUCAGAAACAGUCUCGUGGCUGAAGCCUAUGAGCAACUGUCCAUGAAGUAUGCAGCGUGGGAGUGGGACUUCCGCAAGGCAAUGCACCACUGGCUGUUGGAAAAGGAAACCUUCAUCCAGAAUCAGACACCUCAGGGCCUAGAAGGAGAUUUCCAGGUCACCUUGGAAAAGGAAGCCCAAGAAAAACUGCAGCAUGAGGAAAAAAAGUGCUUGAAACUCUUACAAGAUUAUUUCGAAUGUGGAGUAGACAAUGUAAACCUGAUAGAGAAGUAUCGUGAAGAUUUCAUCUAGAGUACAAAAAGCCUGAAAAGGGAACUGCAGAGUUAUUCACACAGCAAGUUCAAGGAAGCCAUUCAAAUUCGGAAAGGGUGGUUCAAGCUAGAAAGCAUCCAGGACUCCUGCGUGCAGAGAAUUGAGAAGGACGUCAACAGGCUCUUGCGUGAAUGCAAAGACAGACAAUGUAAACUGAGCAACAAGGACCUCAGAUCAGAAUUUGAAGCUAUGUGGGAAAAUAUGCUGUCAGAACUAAGGCUCAGUAAUUUAGAAAAGCGAACAAUUUAUGUGGAGGUGGAGGUGCUGUUGAGAAAGGAUUUGGAGCAUUGUGGAAGUAACAUCUGGCAGAAGCUGCAAGAAGCAGAAAGCCUUUGUAAGCACGGAAGGGAGGAUUUCAGAGUAGACUAUAGCUGCAUUCAAAGGAAUCGUCUUAGGGCAAUAGCAGACGCCCUCAGAGGGAAGGACGUGCACAUGCAGUUACAAAAUUUUGCUGAAGCUGUGAUCAGUGAUUGUAACAGGUAUAUUGAGGAAAAGGUGAACUCCAAAAUGGAUUACGAUGAAACCUACUGCAGAGAGCUGCUGAACAUGAUCAACAAGAGAUUACAAAUGAACUGUGAGAAAAGCCUUCGUUUCAGUCCUUCCCUUGAAGUGGACCUGAAGUUACACAUUUUGGGGAAGGCAGCUCAUAGAUUCCAAGAGAUGCAUGACCGCUUUGUCAAAGAAAACGACCCUCAGCAACAUCUGGAGAAGCUGAAAGCUCAGUAUUUCUCCACGUUUACUGAUCUUUACUGGGAAAAAGAUGAAAAUCAAAUACGAGCCAGAGAUUUCUGCAGUCAGUGCCUUAAACCUGCCCUGAUAGAUUAUAUCUACAAAAGGCUAGGAAUAGAUAUUGUUGAUGACAUUCUCAGCCUGGGCGAGUCCAUCACAUACAGUAGCCGCACCUUCUUCCAGUUCGCUCUGCAGAAGAAACUGCUGGAUGACAUGAACGUGGAAUCUUAUGUGAGUUAUGUUUCUCACUAUGAAAAGUUUGUCAAAACCUGGAUUCAAAGACACUUAAGCAAACACUACAAAGAAACAGGCCAUUUGGAAAAGCUGGAGAGAAAGUGUCUCUCAGGAAUAGUAGAGAAAAUAAGCAACAUAUUGGGAGAGUCCCAAACUGAAGAGAAUAUUGACGCUUUGGCAUUUUUAAAUCACUUUUGCAGAGCUCUGCAGAAGGAUUUGGUCAUUCCCAAGCACAGCUUGGCUCGCAUACAGUUUAAAAACACAGCAAAGACGGAGCAGUUCUGUGCUAAUCUACUGACUUCACUUCCCCAGCUGAAAGAAGACAUCCUCCUUCAACUUUCCGGCUCAGACCUGGAGACCAUGCUCUGCAGCCUACUUGUGAAGCCCCAGGAUGAAAUUUUCCGUCGAGUGUUUGGCUGUGGGAAGCAGUGCCCGUUCUGCAAGGUCCCUUGUGAAGCUGGAGGCAAUGACCACAUUUGCUCUUCAGAGGUGGUUUCAGUGAAUAGUUUCAGAAAUAUCGACACCAAUGGGAAAUUCCAUCCUUAUAAAGAGUACUGCCAGUAUUACCCAGACUGGCGCAUCCAGCCAGACGCUACCAUUGAAGCCUCCGAUUACUGGAAGUUUGUGUUUAAGGAAUUCAAUCAGCAGUUUGCAGAAGAAUACUGUGCUGAACCAGCUGACCUACCGAGGGAGUGGAGAAAAUUAACCAAAGAGCAAGUUCUGGGCACCCUAAAGAAGCACAAGCUCCACUGCCUCAUGGCCACUGCAGGCAAGGCUGACACAGCUGAUCACAUGCCUGCUGGGUUCUUGCUGGUUGGCAAGUUCCAGGUCCAGCACUACGCCAAAAGGUCUUUACCCAGGGAGGUCAAGGCCUCAUCAUUGUCCCCACUCCCAGCCCUGGAGAGCUCCUUCUGCCCUUUUUCCAACUCCUUCCGCUCGUCCGCCGAGAAGCUGGCCGCGACAGCUUCCAACGUUGCAAGGGCCUGGCACAAAAAUGAAAAACUCGGAUGCUGCUGA